AUGUUGGACCCACAGAUGGGCCUCUUCACUAUGACGUCGUGGGCGCCGGCCCUAGACCCGGCCGACAUGAUGUUCUACAACACCACGGCCGGCGACUAUCUCGACGACGACGACGGCGGGCUCAACACGUCGUACUGGCUGCACCUGGUCAUUAAGAUCGGCAUCCUGUGCGGCUGGUUCAGCGACCGCCUCAAGCAGCACGCGUGCCUGAUCCGGGAGGCCUGCAGCGAAGCUGCCGAGGAGCGCCGCAUGCGAGCGGCCGGGUCCGCGGUGAGCGGCAGCAGCAGCCCCGCUGGUGAGGCCACAACAGCCCCAACCACGUUCCCGCAGUUCAGCCGCCUGCCCGCCGAGCUGCGGCAGCAGAUCUGGGCCGAGUCGCUGCCCGGCCCGCGCGUCCUGAUGUUGCAGGUCCCGAAAACCAGCCGCCGCCCAAAACUCCGACUCGCCUGGCGACGUCACAAGCACACUCUAACCACUAACAGUCCCAGUCCCAGUCACGGUUACAGCCGUAACAACAGCACCACCGCCACCAGCAACCACAAUCACAGCCGCAGCAAUAGCGACAGACAAAACGUCUGGUCCUGCACCGCGCCAAUCCCCACAGCCCUCCACGUCUGCGCCGAAUCGCGCGCCUUCGCACAGCGACACUACCGCCUCGGCCUCGCACCGGGCGGUACCAACAAAAGCGGCGCACCGAGCCCACGCAUCUACGUCGACUUCUCGCGGGACGUGAUCGCGCUCGACGCGGCGGCCGUCGUGUCGGCCGCGGGCCGGAAUCUCUGGCGGCUGACGCGCGACGUGCGGUGCGUGCGGCAUCUCGCUGUCGCGGCUCUUGGCGGGCUGAGUGCUGGCUGGUUUGGGGCUGAUAAUGGAGGUAGGAGGCGGGCGGGGCUUGAUGGUGUUGAGGACGUGGCGGUGGUCGACUCGGCGCUGUUCGCGGCGGGCAUCGUGCCGCGCGUCGCGCAACUCGACUGGGUGCACUGGAUGCGUUGGCAGUGCGGGAAGGGCAGGGCGAGGUGGGCUGUUGGUGGU